AUGGCAGCACCCAGUCCAUCGCCGCCCUUCAUCGAGGCAGAAUCCAGCGAUUCAGAUUCAACCUUCGGCGAGGCAUCAAUGACCUCAAUGACCUCCACUGAAAGUCUGCGCUCAAGCCUCCUCCUCAGCAUCCGUGAGCAUGGCCGCGGGUACCACAAGUACGCGUCAGGCCAGUACUACCUCCCUGAGGACGAAGAAGAGCAGCAGCGGCUGGACAUGCAGCACGAGAUUUGCCUGAUCUCGCUCGACCGCAAGCUCUAUCUCUCGCCCCUGCCGGACGAUAUCCAGAACGCCCUCGACCUCGGCACAGGGACCGGUAUCUGGGCGAUCGACUUUGCAGACCAGCACCCGUCGGUCAAUGUCAUCGGCAUGGACCUCAGCCCCAUUCAGCCGUCAUGGGUCCCGCAAAACCUGAAAUUUGAGAUCGACGAUUACGAGAAGCAGUGGACGUGGGCCCAGAAUUUCGACUUUAUCCAUGGGCGCAUGUUAUCCGGCUCGAUUGCAAACGAGAAGAAUUUGUUCCGGCAGGCGUAUGAAUUCCUCGCGCCGGGAGGCUGGUUCGAGCUCAUGGACUUCUCGUUCCCUGUCCGUAGCGACGAUGGGACCAUGGCGGGAACGGCAUUUGAGACACUGAACAACAAGAUGAUGGAGGGAUUGCGCAGAUUCGGACGGGACGGUGCCUUGCCAGAGCAGUAUAAACAACUCAUGACCGAGACAGGAUUCAAGAACGUGAAGGAAGUCAAGUACAAAUGGCCCCAAAACCCAUGGCCCAAGGACCCGCACCUCAAACAUAUUGGGCAGUGGAACAUGGUCAACACCUUGGACGGGCUGCAUGGGUUUUCGGCUAAGCUGUUGAUCGAGGUGAUGGGGAUGACACCGGAGGAACAUCAGGAACUGCUCGCUCAGUGUCGAAAGGAUAUCACGAACCCCCGAAUCCAUGCUUAUUGGUCGAUAGUCGUGGCUUACGGUCAGAAGCCGGGAGCUGUGAAAACCCCUACCGAGACGUGA